UUAUCCCUUGGCUCCAAAUUGUGUAGAUCGUUCUCUUAUUCUCGUAGUAUCAAAUUGGAAAGUUUAUAGCCAGCGUGGGACUGUUGGAACAAAGCUCUCUGAAAAAUGUCUUGUUACAAGAUACAAGUGGCGGAAAUGACUCUUUUAGAGAAGGGAGAUUAAAGACAUUUGACAUGCACAGAAGCUGUUCACGUGUUUUUCUCUGUGCGCAAUUUGAUUGGUUAAUCGCUCGUGGUCGAGUGGCUGUAAGCCACUUUUAUCUGUGCCAAAUGCCUUUAAGCGUAACGAAUAUUUCAAGCCUUUUCUUUUUCAAAUUCUCAAAAAAAUUCUGAAUUAUUAGUGACCAAUGAUAUUGUUGGUGACACCAUAGUACGCAAGCGAGACAGAGACCGAGGAAGCCUCGUUAUGAAGUGCAUGUGGUCUCUCUAGCAAAGCGGUAUAUAUGGCCUACUUUCACGCUGUUACAUAAUGUUGCGUGACAGCAAUUGUAACGAAGGUUCUUGAUAUAACAGAGUUCAAAAUUUACGAGAAAUGAGAAUCCAUCAUAUUGAAUUUUUGUGUAAGGACUUGAAACUGCAAGUUCAAAGGUUUUGUUUAUUGUAUGGAUUCCGAGUCUAUGGAAGAUGGAAAGACGUUAUCUUUCAGCAGAAAGAGAAGGUAGUUUUGAAGAAAGAUCGAAUCUAUUUUGUUUUGCACGAAGAUGCGAAAGCUGAAUGUGAUUAUGUUGAUAAUAUUGCUCUUGAGACUCAGAAUGUUAGUGGAUUGUGUGGAUUGAUACCGAAGGAAAACAUUUUAGUGAAACCGGGGCCAGUCGAUUGCAUCAUAACUUCACAGUAUGAGAAACAGAGUUCAAUUGAAGGAGCUGUUAUUCGUUCGCCUGUAGGACGUGUAAAACACACUUUAGUCGAUAAAUCAAAUUAUAGAGGUCUUUUCUUGCCAAAUUUUACCCUUUAUCAGUAUUCAGAGGAAGAUAAUUUAUUUCAAGAGAACAAACCUUGCGAAAUUAUUGAUGGGGCGGUUUUGCCUAGCCAUGAAGUCGUUGAUUUAAAGAGCUGCUCUAAUGACACACUUAUGCUUGAUCACAUAACAUUUGCUGUCAAUAGCGGAACUUCAUUUGAUUUAAUUAAGUGGUAUACUGACUUUUUGCACAUGGAAAGAUGCAAGGUGAACAACAAUGAACAAACUGAUGGAUUCAAAGUUGAAACAUUAAACAGCGAUGGAAAACAGUUAGGAUUACGUCUAACUGCCAUGCAAUAUCACUUUUGUUCGGAAAUAUCUAUGAAAAUUACAUCUCGAGACGGAAAUGGGAUUGAAAACCCCAAAAUUAUUUUUGCUGAGUCUCUACUGGGUCAAGGUCCAAAUCAAGUUGAUACAUUCUUAAAGGAGAAUAGUGGACCUGGAGUUCAGCAUAUUGGAUUACUGUCAGGAAAUAUUUUUUCAGAUGUCAAACAGUGGAUAUCAAAUGGUGUAGAAUUCAUUAAUCCACCUAUCCAUUAUUAUAAUGAAAUAGAUGAAAAAAUAAAAAAGCUAGAUGAAGAAAAUUUAAGACAAUUGUUGGAAGAACAUGGAGUUUUGCUUGAUACUGAAGAAAUAGACGAUAAAACUGAAUUUCCAAAAUAUUUACUUCAAGUUUUCACUAAGCCAGUUUUCCUAAAAGAGACCUUCUUUUUUGAACUGAUCCAGCGACAUGGAGCGUCUGGUUUUGGAGCUGGAAAUAUAUCUGCCCUUUGGCGUGCAGUGGAUGCUUAUCUCAGAGAAGGCAACAAAUUUAAAGAAUAAUAGAUAAUUAUAUUUUCAAAUUGACAAUUUAGCAGAUAAUUUUAUCUUUCUACUGUUGUUUGUUGUGAGCAUGAAUUCUUACAUAUUUCUAUUAGUUGUCUUAUGAUGUAGCAUAUCUGUUAGAUAUCUGUUAAAUAGUUCCAUUUUGCUUCAUCUGCCUUCAGAUUAAAUUGAUUAUUAUUUUAUUGCUUUUUAUACAGGAUCAUCAAAUGAUAACUGGUUUUAUGUAUGUACAGUAAUGACAAAACCUUGUUUAUUCAAAUCAACUAAAUA